UAUAUAAUGGAGCUCGUUUCAGGAGGAUGGAAGCAGAACCUACGAGCUGAUCUGAAAGACCAACUGAACAAGUCAAACUUCAACUUCAAGACAACAUGAAGACUCUGAGCCUCCUCGCCAUCUGUGCUCUCCUCUCAGCAUGCUGGGCCACAGGAGUUGUGGAACACGACGGUGACUCUGACCACUCAGACGCCGGCGAUCUCGCCGCUAUCGUGGUCGAUGAUGCCGGAGACAACGGAGAUGCCGGAGACAACGGAGAUGCCGGAGACAACGCCGACUCUUCAGCCGCCGACUCUUCCAACUCAUCCUCAGACUCGUCCGAUUCGGAUUCAGACUCCAAUUCUGAUUCCGACUCUGACUCCAAUUCUGACUCCGACUCUGACUCCUCUUCUUCCUCCUCUUCUUCCUCCUCCUCUUCAUCUGAGUCGGACAGUAUUGAAGGGACAGACGCUCAAGAUUCUCACGUGGUCAUGAAACGUGACGUGGCUUCCGUUUUGCUGAGGACAAGACGCCAAGCCCCUCUUUCCUUUUACCAGAUGGAGCGCCUGAGAGAGGUGUGUGAGCUGAACACAGGCUGCGAUGAGAUGGCGGAGACGCAGGGCAUCGUGGCAGCCUACACGGCCUACUACGGACCCCCUCCCUUCUAAGCGGUCCCGCUCGCCCAUCACCUACGUUUGUCUCUCUUUCAUAAUACGAUUGCGAUCAAGAGCAUCAUCUCCCCUCCAACAAGAGCCCAGACAAACAAAACCUGGUUUGGACCACGUUGUGAUUACACAAACGGAGGUCACAAACCUUUGCACAAGCGACGUCCAGAGAGGUGCACAUAAAGUAUGCAGUAGCCCAUAUAUGUUGAAAUGAUUCCUCAGCCGCCCUUUGCAUAACACGAUGAAUGGUGCUAAAAGUGUAUUUGAUUGAUUGUAUUGAUAUAUUUAUGCUAUGCUUUAGCAGCGGUUAUAGUAAUAAGCUCAUAGAUGUACAGUAGUGUGUGAGAAAUUAUCUGCCAUGGCUGUAACCACAAGUUGCCUCUGAAUUUCAAGGAAAUAAAUUAUUUUGUUUGUCCAACAAU